UUAGGAGUGAACAGGUUCAGGCUCUGUCUGGGUGAAGAAGUAGGAGCAUGGAAGAAGGACACAUAAAUGACCUAUGGCUGUUACAAAUGGGGUAAAAAAAAAAACCCCAAAACCCCAACAAUAUGGAACAUGGAAAUGGGCCUGACUGUAGGGGUGUGUGUGUGAUGCUUGAUAAGAAUGUAGAUAAAAAUAGCAAGUGAGAAAACUUAGUUGCCCUGCCAUUUAGCAUUUCAGACAUUAGAGGCUUCUACACCCUACAGAUGUUUUCAGAGUUGAUUCUUGCCAUGCUUGUUAAUGGGAAGCAGUCUCUGCUGACUGCAGAGAUGUGCGAGGUGAGCUGAGUGGGCCCUUUGUCAGGGAGCAGCAAGGGCAGGCUGCUCUGAAAGGGAGAGCAAGCUGGAAGCUGAGUCACAGCAAGGCAGGCGGGGCAGUGGCCUCGCCGACAAAGGAACGGUCCCACAAUACCUUAGCAAGAAGAUCAGAGCAGGUCAGGCUGAGGAUUUAGGUCAGCAGGGUACAUGGCCAGGCAUGGGCAAGGCUGCACUAGCUCAGGCAGGGCUCAAGGGUGAGAACCUUUAGCUGAGAUAAGCUCGCAGGCAAACUUUGCUGAGGUUUCUCAAAGCCAGAUGCCUGUAUUAUUUAAGCUGGACCUGAGUCCAGGCAGCCAAUCCCCCAGAAGAUGGAGAAUAUGCUCAGGGCCCUCCUAUCAAGCCUGCUCACAGCCAUCUUUUCUUGCACAGCCACACUUGCUUGGUGUUCCUCUGCCAGACAGCAAAGCUCUACAUAUGGUUAAGUACAACAGAAGUCUUGUGGCUUGGGUAAAGAUGAGAAGUCUUAACCUUUUAAGUCAGCUGUUGGAAUGACACCAGUAAGCGCUGGUGUCGUCAUCAAAUAUUCUACCAUCUGUGGUGGCCAAAAAAAAUAAAUCUCUAGAUUUCUUCAGAUCUAGGAGCAAAGCUGUUACCCUGUUUUGGUGAAUAGGAUAUGUUGCAUAGGUCCUGGCCAGGCAGAAGGUGAAGGGUCCUGUCCAUCAGCCAUGGUGAAGCUUCUCUGACUUUCCAGUACAUACUUGCAGCAAAAGCAGUUGAAUAGCCUAAGAGGGUUAUUUCUCCAGAGUAGGAGGAUUUUCAGGUGAGGUGUACUGAAGGGUGGUGCUGGGAUAUACUCCUGUGUGUGCACAGAGGACUAGGAAACAGUUCAUGAGGGAGAGCUUAGUCCUCUCUGGAGAUCUUCCUGGUCCCCAUGUCUUUCCUCACGGUGGGGCUUGCUAGAACGCAACAGCUUGAUGUGUCUUGUGUAAAUCCUCCCCCCCUUCUCCUUGGUGACCAUUGGGAACAAUCUUUCCAUCCUCAGUGGGAGAAGUUGACUGUGAUGGUAAGUUACUGGUGAAAUGACUUGGUCUGUGACUGGACUGGCUGAAUCCUCCCACCUCUUCCUGCACUUUCUGUUGCCAGUGGUUUCUUCGAAUGUAGCAGAAGCCAGUAUGCAGGCUGCUUGAGACCUACAGUCUCUGAUGCUGCAGAUAAUAGUGUUCUCUAGGUAAAGGAUUAAGGCCAGGCCUUUAAUGUGGAUCAGCAGAUCAAACUGAGCAGUAUCUCCUGAACAUUUAUUACAUUCCACAUAAUAGAUCAACUGGUUUCCUUAGGCAGCUGGGAAGAGCUGCCCUCAGUUUGAGAGGGACAAUGGUCAAAGGGGGAGAAGAGUUCAUGCCAAAUGGGAGACAGACUGUGGCACGUAGAGUCACGAAACAAGUGUCAAUGGGAAGAUCCCAGUUUUGUCUGGUUAUUGGUUGUAAUUUUUUUUUGCAAGAGCUGUAGUUGAGGUGGGAUGUGAGCAUUUCCCCCCACUUCCCCAUUAAUUCUGUUCUAUGUUCUGUGACUUAAAACUCCUGUCUUGCAGCCAUGCAGUAACUAUUCUUACUACAGCCACACAAUAUGGAUUGCAGGCACAAACUUGCUAGCUUUAACAAAGCCUUGGUGCUGUGUGUGGACGCCUGAAGAAAUGGAGAGGAAGAGAUGUCCAUUGAAGGAAAUUAAACAAAAACCAAACAAGAAACCAAAAACCGCAAAGUGUUCCUGGGCUUUGGUAAUGAGAGAACAGGAUCUGAACCUGAACUCAUCCUGUUAAAUCAGCAUAAACCUACGAAGCUCUAGGAGGGAGCACAACUGGGCUGUUAAUGCAUAUAAAACAUAGGCCCCAGUGCUCUGUAGUUAACGCAUGUUGUAAUGCCUCAAGGUCUAGGCAAUCCAUUGAGUGCUCAUUACAUUAUGUGAACAAUAGAUUCUCAGUCUAGAGACCAUUUUAGGUCUCUUUUCCAAGUUAAUAGCUUUGUCCAUGCUAAUAGUCAGGAAAAGCACAUUGCAGGAUGUAGUGCCCUUCUAGUUUGAUAGCUUAAUUUUACUGGCUGCCAUUAGCUAUAGCUGUGUGUCCUCAUCCAGAGUUGGGGCUCUUACAGACAUUCCUUGAAGCUGCCUCUGAGCAUGGGAAGAUCAGUCAGCAGCAGCUGGUGCAUGUAGUGGCUCCUGACCUGAGCCCUGUUUUGCCAGCUGUCACUGCUGGGAGCCUGUGGUGAAUUUCUUGCAUUGCUUGUGUUUGUGGCAGGCCAGCCAGGUAACUUGCAAUGGCCUGCUUUCCCAGGCAUUGUAGGAUGGCAGCUCCUGCAUGUUGGGGCAGAGGCUGCUGGCUUGCUUAGGAGACCAGCUUUUUAAUCCUUGAAGCAGUCUGAAGAGACAUUCCCUGAAGGAGGGAGCUGCCUGUAACUUGCAGCCUUUGUGUUGAGUCUUGUGUUUUAGGGAUGUAAAGAGGUGUGGCACUCCCCUGCCCUCCUAGCCUGGUCUGCAAGCCUGGCUGGGUUGGUGACACCUGCGACCAGGGCUUGCAAGUUCCAUCUCACCCAUGACCAUGCGCUGUCAUCUGCUGCUGAAUCACCUUGUUGCAGGGCUUCUGGCAAUCCCUGGGCUCAGCCACCAUCUCCAGGGUCCAGCUGGGCCCCCAGCAGUUGGGAGGGAAGGAUGCAGGCAAACAUCACCUGGGACCUGGCUAGCAGUGGUGAAGUGCUCCCUGAAAAGAAAUCGCAGCUGGCAUCUGUCAGCAAGAGCAUGCUGACUGCUGGGUUGGCUACCUGCAGUGACCUCCACUGGGCAGGGGAGAGCUGGGCCUGGGAGGGAUGUGGGCAAGGGCUGGACCUGGGUAUGGAACAAGCCGCAAAGCAGAACUGCAGCAUCUGGAGGUGUCCCCAGGAGCAUCUGAGACAGAAGGGAAAGGAAAGGGUGUCUUGACUUUAGCACACAGGAGGCACAAAGGAGAAGGAGGUAGGCAACCAUAAGAUGCCAGAACAAGAACUUUGGUGGGUCUGGUUUAAAACAGACUAGAACAGCUUUGGGUGACAGCAGAGUUUGUAUUGGCUUUUAUUGAAUGCUUCCCUCAGUCCAACAGCAGCUUUGCCUUCAUGUCCACCAGUAUCAUAACUUGUCACUCAAAAGCUUUCCCAAAUGACUUAAAACUGACCCCUGGUCAAGUUUACAGAAGAACCGUUUAAAGAGUUCUAUUUUCUUCAUCUCUCUUGACAGUUUGGCAGCAAUGGAACUGGUGCUUCCAAAUGUAGCCAUGUUCUGCUAUCCUAAUGCCCUCUGUGCUUCAGUGUCCCCCUGCGUGGACAGCAUAGUGUAGGGCUUGGAAUCAAGAUGUCCCAGGGCAGGCACAUAUCUCUUCCUGCAGUCUGCCCAUGUGUGUACGUGUGUGUACAUCUGUUGUCUUUAAAGUUUGGCCCAUAGGAACUGAACUCCUCCAAGACUUUUCUGAAGUGAAGUCUAAGCACUCGUCCAUAAGCACUGAUUAUGGCAUUAAGCAAACUGUUCAAAGAUGUGUGGCGAUGCUACAUUAGUAGUGCUAUGCAAACCAUUGCCUUGGUUAGCUGGCAGGGACAAAGAACUGGAUUCCGGUGAGCAGCAGUGCCAAGAGGAGAGGGGUAGGAGAGCGUUUUCUUUGGAGAAUAUGUGCUCAGGGGCUAUAGAUACGGCAGCAUAGGUUGCAUGUUUGGGCCAGAGUUAGGGGCUGCUGUUGCUAAUACCUAAAGCUGAAGUCAAUACCAUGGGUAUGUGUAGAAACAUACUUGGAAAUGACCACUGCAUACUUUUGGGGUAGAAGAACAGGAAAAGUCCUUAAGCAACGUAUUCCAGACAGAAAUAGGGUUACUGUAAGCAGACAACCUGCCCUGGGUAGCCUGGUCUAGCUUCAGAAGUAGCCCCGCUUUGAGCAAGGUUUGAAUGAGGUACUGCCAGCCUGAACUGUUUCCUAGCACAACUUUUGUGCUAGGCUGUGGUGAGACGGGUGCCGCUGUGGGCCAGCAGCGUCGGGUGAGACAUCUGACAUGGCGGGUUGGUAGGUAGUGGGGAACACUGAGGUCUGACGGUGAUCCUUCAGCUCAGGAGGGGCAGGGGCUGUGCAAGGACCAGCGUGGCGUGCUGUGCCCUGCCCAGUCUUAAAAUGCUAAAUACGCAAAUAACUGCGAACUGGAGGCAGAGUCUAAGAGAUGCGGCCGCGGUGCUGCAGGCCGGCGUGAGUCAGCAAGGAGCACUUUGCCCUCUGCGUCAGUCCCAGCCGCAGCGCCGGGGCCUGCAGGGAGUCAGCCGCAGCGGCCCUUCGCCCUCAGAGCCAGUGCCGGCUCCGUGCUGGAGGCUGGCACCCGGGAGUGCCGCUUGCCCGCCCUUCGCUUUACUGUGCUGACGCUGACUUCGGUGUCCUAGCGCGUAGGUAAAAGUGGGUGACGCGGGCACCUGGAGACUGUGCCCUUCAAAAACAAAAAGUGCCCUUCCCCAUCCGAUCGUGUUGACGUCCGAGUCGUGAGAAGGCUCCUGCCUGCGGUUGAGCCCCAAAGCUAGAGCCUUCGCUGCUCGGCGUUAAAACUUCCCCAGCGUAUUUCAGUGACGAGGUGCCAGGGAGUGUCCGGCGGAGCUGACUCUACUCCCUGGGUUUGCUUCAGCUUUCUGCGGUUGUUUCCAGUUGGCUUUUGCCUUGUCCCAUCCUGACUGGACGCGGAGGACAGCCGUGCCGCUCUGGAGGCAGGCGCCGUCCCUCGCCCCGCUGCUGGCCGGCGAGAGCGCAGCGAGCGAUGGGCGCAGAGGCUGCAAAUGGCGCGCAGGGCCUUCUUGGCAGGCUGAGGGUCAGGGCGGGCCAUUUGCAAUCUUCCUGAUAAACCUGCCCUUGAGGAGGGGAGCAGCGUGAGGCGGCCACGCCAUGGCCGCGCUGAGGCCAGCUCUGCAGGGCCCGGGAGGUUUGUGCUGCUGUUCCAGUGCCAUCUGGUGGGACAGCCCAACCAGUGCAGCCCUCCCCAAAACCGCCCUCGGGGGAGGCUGCGCUGUGCUGCGUUCCCCUCGUGUGCAUCCCCGUGGAGAGGACGUGAGGAUGUGGAGGGAAACGGGUUGAGAUCAGAUAGGAGUGGCCCUGAGGUUACAGCACGGGUCUGGGUGACCUUACCUGAUAGCCCCCAUGCCUGCUUGGUGACCGUGGCUGUUUUCCAUUUUUGUGCUUUUCUUUCCACUCCCCCUUCAAAAGAGGGAGAUGAGGUGCAUUCACCUCACUGGGCAGAGAUGUAGCCAAACUGAAUUCAAGGCCGAUGAGAUCUGUGCCAUCCUUGGACAGAACUGACAAUGAAGCGUGAAGGAUUGCUUCUGUGGGGAGGCGUUACGUGGCCACAGCUUGUUCAUGCAAAUCCCAUGUGCCCGCUCUAAGAAGCUAAACUUCACAGCCCUGCCUCUGAAACAGGCCACUGGGUCUGACCAGGACUUGGAUCUGGCCCAGGUUUGGAGUCAGAUGUGCAGCUCUGACAAGCAACUGCAGCAUCCGGAUCUGAUCUCCAACAAUUUCUGGCCUUGAGACUUGCGGCUCAGAUCCAAAAGAGGAAGGGAGUGAGGGUGCAAUGUUCCCAGUAAUGGCAUAAAACAAAGCUGUGAGAUAAUGCAUCUGAAUGUGUCCUCUCUUGGCUUUGGUUGGAUAAUUUGUUAAUUAGGGGAAAUAAAUGAAACUUAUCUUUUUUCUUCUGAAGAAACAAUCCCGGGUUAAAGGUAUAUGUAAAGAGGCAGGUGGGGGCUUCUUGCCUGUUUGAAGCUUCCCUGGAUGCCAUUCUUCCUUCUCUUACUCCUUCCCUUGUACCUGAGGGAUUUUGGGAGCCUAUCAUCACAGGUGAGCACACAGCUUUCCCUUUGCAAAGCUGAGUUUGAGCUCCCCCAGCUCUGCUUUUGGACAUGGUUUGUUCUGCUUGAAACCCUCAGCUCUUGCUAAAACUUGGCAGAGAUGUGGGCAGGGGAGGAAUGUACAAACCCUUUGGGGGAGGAACUUUUCUCCCUCAUCUCUCCUACUUUUCUUUCCUUCCACCACGUUCUGUCUGGUACUGUAACUGUAGCAUUUUGGGGAGCUGCUGGUCUCUGUCGAAGUGCUAGAGUGUCACUCCAGGUGGUUUUGCUCAGGACACAAAGUGUUGCUGCUGACUCAGGCCUGCCUGUGGUGCAGUGCUGCUACCUGACAAAUUAGCGUGGCUUUGCAGUGCUACCUUCUGUUUUAUCCGUCCCACUCUCUGCUCUUGCCUCCCUUUCUCACUCUCGGUUCAGUCCUUCCCUGUUUCCUCUUCACCCCUGGAUGCUCCAAUGUCCUUUUCUCUGAGCUUUCACAACUCCAUAUAACACAUUUCUUCCUAGGUCUCCUAGUGUAUCUGCAUGGCACCCUGGUUCACUUUCUGUCAUCAGCCUCCCAGAAGAGCUCCCAUCUCCCUGCAGCUCUGGCCAGUGUGGUCAGCCACGCAGAAGAAGGGCGCAGGGUGCCUUUCUCUCAGGUCCCAGCAGGCUGCAGUGCUCCCACACUGUCCACCGGAGCUGGGGGAGCUCAGCUCCUGCAGUGAGAGCUGCAGCAUCCUGUCCCUCCCUGCCCUAACCAGUUCCUUGCAAGCAGGGUACACAGUGGGAUUACUUAUUGCUAGAUCCCCUCUAACCAGCCAAAUCCCUCAGGAGCUCUCUAGGAGCUCUCACUGCCUGAAUCCCUUUGAUUAGGUAUCUGCCAUCCCUUAUGAACUGCUCAAUGUUGGGCCUUGGGGCGUCAUUCUCUGUGCUUCAGUGCCUUUUUAUGCUCUUCCCUUGGUUGCAAGGGCUCUGCUCUCCCUUUAUUACCUCCAUGGCCUUAAUCCCUAGGGGAGGAGCAAGAUGGUUUGGAGAGGGAAGACCAAGAGGGUGGCAUGCAUUCACUUCUGAUGCUCUUCUCACCCAGGUGCAGGGACAAAAAGCCAGGACUGGGUUUAGACUGUCUUUAUUUGAGUGACCUGGAGGACUGUGCCAGCUAGAGGUGCCAUAAGAGCAGGUGAUGGCAGGACUGUGCUAUCAGCGGGCAGCUAGGGUCCCGGUAAGAUCAGAGCAAAGAGUUUUAUGAAAGGACUGGGUGUGGGCUGUGCUUGAAUAAGAUCUUGUGCUAUCAGUGCUCCAUUCAAGAAACUGAACAAAACCACAUGAAUGAUAGUCAAUGGAGAGAAUACAAUUUGGCUAGAGAAAUCCCCCCUCUCCCCCAUUUCUGUCUUUCUGCCUUUCUUGCUCUCUGCUUUGCUUUCCAGAAUGCAGCAAACUGCCUUCCCUCUGCCUGUGCCCACACAGCUUGCAGAGCAACCACCUAAAGGCAGCAGCCAGAGCAUGAGUAAGGAGGGAGAGCAGGACUGUUGUGCUGAGCAAACACACGAGUCCUAGAAAGGAGCUGGGGCUUGCGAGGUACGUGGGGGUUAGGAGCAUGGGAGGUACUUGGCAGUGCUGAGUGGGGUUGAGAUGAAAGAUGUCUGUGGGGAAACACAGGUAUUGUGGGACGAUGAGGGUGUACUGCAUGGGGUGGGCAGCACACAGUUUGAGGGGGAAGGGAGGAACUGAAAAACAGCAGCGGGAAUGCAAAGAAACAUAGUGCAAGUCUGGGUUUUUUUUAAGCAAGGUCAUCUUUUUUUUCUAUUUUCAGCCCCACAACUAACUGCUGGGUUCAGUUCUCCCCAUCUCCCACCCAUUUACAUGCUGUCAGUGCAUAUGAAAUUCAAAGCACAAAUUUUACCCUCAGGAAUAUCACCUCACAGUUGUUGCACAACAGCCCAGCAUUGUAUCCUAUGGAAGUAUGAUUCAGGGUUGAAUUUUGACAGCAAGCAACAACUCUGAUGGCUGAGAAGGAAGAAUUGAGCUGUCUUCUGAUGUUUGAGCGCAAUCUAGUGUAUUCUAAUAAAAUCAGCAGCUAGAUCCUGAAUUUGUAUUUGAAAUGCCUCAGCUGUGUUUGGAGAGGUGUUUGUGGCAAAAAGCUCAUGAAGCUACACUGUGACUUCCUUCUCUGUCUGCUGAUUGUAUUUCCCAUUUCUUCACAGUGGAAAGUUUGAAACCCUGCCAGGAAGUAAGCCUUUUCCCCAUGAGACCAUGAGUAUGUUCUGGCUUGGUUGGCCAAGGACAGGGGGGAAGCACACAGAGGAUUACUCUGACUGAAAUCUCAGCAUGAAAUUUGAGGGCAUAACUAGGUUUCAGCAAACACUUAGGGAGGCUUAAUUCUACUGAGAGGGCCAAGCCUGAAGACAAAGGAAAGUGCUGGAAGGAUGUUGGAAAGAAAAGCAGGCAGCAUGCAUCUUCUCAAGGGACCAGGCUUCUGUCCUGCAGCUGCUCUUCUUCUUGUAUAAAAGUCACCCUCUUUGCACACAAUACAAAAAGGAGAAGUGAAGCCAGCUCAGUGCACAUGAGACGUGAGGAGGCUCCUUGGUAAAGAAAUCCAGCUACAUAUGCCCCACUGUGUUUAGGGGUAGUUCUCCAUAAUCUGUGUUCAGAUGUCCACUACAUCCCUCACUUGCCCUUCUGCCACAUUUUUCACCUCUGUUGUCUGACAUGUUCUUCCUUGCACUGUCCUAUCUGCUCUGUGUACCCUCCGUACUAGCUCCCUGGAUGUCCUGCAAGUGUCUCAUUCUGGUCUGCCUUGAGGAAAUUCCAGCUAGCCAAACUAACCAAGCAAAGCUUCUCCUUCAUUCUUCUGGUUGUUUUGGAGACCUUAUUGUGGCUUUUCAAUGCUUAGAGGGGGCUUAUAAGAAAGAUGGAGAGAGAUGUUUUACCAGCACCUGUAGUGACAGGACAAGGGGCACAGGUUUUUAACUGAAAGAAGUUAGAUCUAGAUUAGACACAAGGAGGAAAUUCUUUAUGAUGAGGGUGGUGAGACACUGGAAUAGGUUGCCCAGAGAAGUUGUGGAUGCACCCUUUUUCUCCAGGGUACCCUGACUCGUUGGCAUUUCUUCUCAGAAGUCUGUCUGAUCCAGCAUGUAUGUCAGCAGCCAUUUCCCUUAACUGUCUCCUUUCAACAUCUGCCCCAGCUUGAAAUCAGACUAAAGAGUAGUCUGACAUUUUCCACAAGGUAAUAUCAGAGGCCCUUACCAGAAAGCAGAAAAGGGAGAUAAAUGGCAGUGUUGGAGCAAAAAAUAUAACCCAGCCCUUUUCAGCCUCAGAAAUGGAGCCUCACUCCCUGAAGCAAGCACUGCUCUGAACUUCCACAGGCUGUAAAUCAGAUUGUGAUAGAAAGGUCUCUGUAUGUGCUCUUCCCAAUAACCUCUCAAACCAUCAACACAAUUGUUUUUUUAUUCCACUUUGCUUGUUCUCCUCCCUGACCCUGGCCUCAUCCUUCUCUGUUUCUCCUUGGAUAUAUCAAAAUUCUGAUUAUUUCUAUUCCUUUGCCUAAGGCUGCAACUCCCCAGUCUAACUUCUACAGGAACAGUUCCUCGCUUGAGAGUUAUUCUAGUGCUAGCUACCAGCUGGGGCUGACUUCCCAGGAUGAGACAUAGCAUGCAAUAUUUGAUGUAGCAAAUGCAGCUUAACCACAAGAGACAAAUGAGGGCAGAAUGCAUUUUGUAUUGGGCUGUGCUGCAGGUUAAACUGGGAUAAGACCCAUGAUAGCUGCAAACCUAAGAGCAAUGGUAGAAUUACUAACAGACAAAGAAAGGCAUGAAGAUAAGGGAAGGAGAGCGAGUUAAAAAAAAAGUGUGAAAAAAAACCCAAAUAAGAAACCUUAAAAAGAAAACAUAUCAGCUGAGAGUCUGAUGUGGGGAAGGAGGAGUGCAACUUCCUUUUCAGUUGUUAGGUUCUCAUUUUUCUUUUCUCAGAAGUUUCCAUAGUGCUGGGGCUGAUUUCCUGGGCUAAGAACCUGAAGAUCUGUUCAGAGCAUUUCUGAGCUCCCAGGAACCCUCAGUUUUUCACCAGUGUUUCCAGCGUUCAGCACAGCCUUCUGUGACAGACAGAGGGUGAAUGAGCAGAUGGGAAAGGCUCGGUAACUUAUUGUUGUCUCCCUCUGGAACCAGGGACUUCAAAGCCCCACCUUUUACGUGGCAAAACUAAGGACAAGGGCCAGUGAUCACCCUGUGAUUAAAUGGCAUCAGAAAUCACCUAUGCUGAGGUGAAGUUCAAGAAUGCAUCACCGGCUGCAGUGGUCAAAGUACCUCCUGAGAAGAAGAAGCGUGAGCACCAACCCCAGAAAUACCCUCUAUGGCUCCCGUGGCUGAUCUCACUGCUGCUCCUCUUGGUGUGCAUUGCCCUUGUUACUGCUCUCCUUGUGUGAUGUCCAUCCAAUGGUCCUUCUGCUCUCUGACACGGAAGAUUGUCUCCUUCUGGCUGGGAAGGCAGCCAUACCACUUGUUUGGGCCAGUUUUCUCAGAGCCGUGGACCAGGGAUCCGCUAACCCCUCCCCCACCUUCAACUUCACAGCACCCGAAGGGGUCUGGUGUCAACUGCUUGGUGCUGGGACAGACUCUGUUGACAAACCACAGGCUGGCUGUGGCCACCAGACACUGCCCAGUCGCUCCCUUCUCCCAUAGCGGUGACCAGCCCACAGCCCUACAGCAGAAUUUCAUGGAGUGGCGGUGCAUCUCGGCGUUGCCUCAAGGCAAAGAGCAAGGCUGGACAUGCUGUCCGAAGGGCUGGAAACGCUUUCAAAAAAGCUGCUAUUUUUUCUCAAAUGAUACAAUGCACGGUGUUGAGAGUGAGCAGAACUGCACUGGGAUGGGCUCCCACCUGGUGGUGAUCAACAGUGAAGCAGAGCAGGCUUUCCUCUCUAAGGAGGUUCAACUGCCUUAUAGAGGAGAGAAUUACUACAUCGGUCUGAGUGCACAGGAGGUGGGCCAGUGGCACUGGGUGGACGAUACUCCAUUUGUUGCGACGGCAGCGCCCAGAAGAAGAGAGAAGCUGCUCCUGGCUGAACCCCUGGGUCUUCCUUGCUUCUGUCCUUGUCAUCAAAACUGCCUUUGUAACGGUCUGCCUUGUUCUUUUCCUUCGUGGAAGCUAUGGCCAGUACAAGACUCUGCUCCAGAAUGCUGCAGAGUGGCACUGCGUCCCCAGCAUAUCUGCAGGCAAAGGAUGUCCUGGCUUGAGAGUGAGCAGAACUGCACUGGGAUGGGCUCCCACCUGGUGGUGAUCAACAGUGAAGCAGAGCAGGAGUUCCUCUUCAACUUGGUGAAAGGAGUAUUUACUAAAGCCUAUGAAACGAAAUACUACAUAGGCUUAACUGCUUACAAAAAUGGGCAAUGGCAGUGGGUGGAUCAGACUCCAUAUAAGAAGGCAGCCACGUUCUGGAAACCUGGGGAACCCAAUUUACCCUUUGCAGAAAAAUGUGCUGCAAUUCAUGUCAAGGGAAACAGAGACUCCAGCACUUACAGUAACUGGAAUAACAUCCUUUGCUUCACAAGUUGCUAUCGAAUUUGUGAACUGGCAGUCAAAUUUGUCUAAGGAAGGAAACUCCGUUUUGGAUGAAGGACCUGAAGGAGUAUCCUUGAGAAAGGACUGCUCAUGAAAGAGCUGAUGAAAAGCUGGCCUGAGCUCACACAAAUGCUUUAUCUUGCAAUGUAGGAUGAGUUCCCAGCCUGCACCCCAGCAUCUCUUUCCAAGAUGGAGAUCAGUCCUGGAUGAAAUCGCUAAGGCUGCUGUAAAGGACCUACUGUGCCACUUUUCACUCUCCUCCUUCACAGAUGGGUGCCCUGAUCCUCCAGUAUGUUCCUUGAUUCCUUGUCCAGUUGAUAUCAUCUCAGUGAUGCAGAAAAGGCCCUCUCUGUUUCAUAAAAGGAUACUGGUCCUACAAAUCACUGGAGUAGAAUUUGAAAGAAGAGCAUUCAGUGGAGUGUGCUUGUCCAGUCCCCGAAGGGAACAAUUAUUCAUGGCUUAUCUUUAAUGUUUCCUUCUUCCUUCAGCAUAUUCUGUGUUGAUAAGUUAAAACAACCAUAUCAAUAAAUGUUAAUUCUGCUCUUUGGA